AUGGUGGACACUGAUACCUAUGUGUUGGAGUACCUGGACGAGAAUUUUCGGAGUGUUGAGGGUUUGAAGGCCGUCAAUGAGUUGUUGGAUACUUUACAGACACAGCAGAAGGCGUUAGGUGAACAGAUCCUUGAAGCUAAAACACGGAUGGACACAACUCAAGCGGAAUCUGCUUCUCAUGCUCGUUCUAUACUUGAAGAGGUUGAUGAAUUGAGCGCAAAGAGAGCAGAGUAUGAGAUGCACAGGGCAAGGUCCGAGGAGUGGAGUGGCUCCUUGGGGAGGCUACGGGAGUUGGACGGGUCAUUGAGGGAUCUGGAUGUUGCAUAUGGAUACGCGAGUAUCCUAGCAAAGGUCAAAUCACUCAGUAUCGAAGCAUCCUCUCUCAUCACAACCGACCCCCGUGCAGCCCUAAUCCCUUACGCGUCCCUUCGCACCCUCGCCAAAUCUCUCCGCACCAAAAACAUUGACGCAGACUCCUCCGCAAUCCAUCUCAUUGAAUACGUCGAUCUGAGUUCUGACGCGUUGUGGGAGGAGAUGAAGAGGAAGUUAAGUGAGGGGUUCAAGGGAGCGUUGGAGGAUUUGGGUUGGCCAACGAUUGUGGCAAAGAGUAUGGAGGGAUAUGAGGAGAAGAUUGCAGCAUUUAGGAUUGGAUUUGAGAAGUUGCUGGUGUUGGAGCAGCCUGACGCCAACGGUAAUGACACAUCGUCACAAUCAGGACCUCUACUGGCGUUUUCCGUCCUGACUGAACCACUCGACCUCCGGUUUCGCUACCACUUCCAAUCAAACCGAACCACGAACCGGCCCGACCGCCCAGAAUGGUUCUUCACCCAUCUCCUCACCCUCUUCGAAGACCAUUCCGCCUUCAUAAACACAGUCAUCCAGCCCAUCCUUGCCUCCACCGGUCUCGGCCAACGCAUUGCGAUGAACGAACUUAUAACAGCGAUGUUGCCUACGGCCGAGAGAAAGUUGAAGCUGUUAUUGGUUGAGAUUGAGGGGCAUGCAAAGGUGUGGAGUCAUCUUGUGCAUGAAACGCUGAGGUUUGAUGAUGCAGUGAGGGAGAGGUGGAUGUAUGUACCUUUUGGACAGGAAAGGUGGAAUGGAACGGUGGAAACCAUCAUCGGAACUCCAGCUUUGUUCGAGAAGUGGUUGAGUAUCGAAGGUGAAUUCGAUUUGAUGAGGUACCAUGAGAUUCUUGCCUCGCCGGAUGCGUGGCAGUUGGAGUUUGAGGGUAUUGACCCUGCAGUAACUAAACCGACAAAAUCUGCGUUGAGAUUGAAGGAUAUGUUGGAUACAAUUCUAACACGCUUCGCUCCCCUUCCCCGGUUCGAUCAUCGGGUAAACUUUUUUCUCGACGUACAACUUGCAAUCUUGGAAGGAUAUUUGGAUCGGCUGAAUGGGAUUUGCGAUGCAUUUGAGACAUUGAGUUCGAGUAUCAUCAGAGCUGUUCCAGGUGUGCACCGUGAUGAGGCUCGGACUACCAUGGGUGUGGGUGGGUUGGAGAGACUUUGUCGCGCGUAUGGGAGUGCCGUGUUCUUGGAGGAGACGAUGAGAGAGUGGUCAGAGGAUGUCUUCUUCGUUGAGUUAUGGCAGGAUUUGGCAGAUGCUGCCUCAGACACGAGCAGCGAUGAACCAAUCGUUGGGAGUAUGGGGGUGGAACAGAUUGCAGGGAGGACGUCGCGUGUCCUUGUCACAGAUCCGGAGAGUGGGACGCUCUUUGACGAGACCAUGGAGGCUUAUCAGACGUUGAGGGUAAGAGCCGAGACAUUGAUUGUCCGACAUCUCAGCAAGGAAAUGGCAAACGAGGGCAAGACCUAUGCAAGAUUACAAUCUUGGAGCUCCGUCAGGCCAGCCGAAACUACCACCAUCUCCCCCGAAUUCGCCCAACCAAUCCAAUCCCUGACAGCCAUGCUAUCCUUCCUCUCCACCACCUUUGCUUACCCAGUCUUCCUCCGCCUCUACCGCUCCUUCUCAUCGGAUUUUCAACACUGGAUUUGGGAGCAUAUCGUUGAACGGAACAAGUUCUCGGAGCACGGCGGGAGACAGUUCAAGAGGGAUAUGGAGGGGUUGUGGCAGGCUUGUGGUGAGUUUUGUGCCAGGCCGGCAGUCAGGAUGGGAAAGGUGGAGGAUGCGUGUGUUGUAUUGGGAUUGCCUACUGCUGCGGAUGGUAAGGGGGAGGUGUUGGAUUUGUGGAGUGUGUUGAGGGAGUUGGAUGCGGGUGGUGAGCGGGCCAAUGUUGUCAUGGGCAAAUUGGGGUUGACGUCUGUGGAUUUACAUGAAGCACGGUGGUUGGUGGGGAGGAGGAUCGAGGCAGUUGCGUGA